AUGAGGCUAAGGAUUGAGAAAGAUAACCGUGGUUCUGAAAAUAAAACCGGUGGUAACUCCAUGGUGGCUAAAGCACAUGUAGUGGAGGAUGGGCCAAAGAACAAGAAAAGAGGAAGCACUCAUGGGGAAGGCUUUAGGCAAGGAAACUCACAGAAAAACAAAGGGUUCAAGGGCAAAUGCUUUAACUGCAACAAGCAUGGUCAUAGAGCAGCGAACUCUCAAAGUAAGGGAAAAAACUACAGAAGUUCACAUGACUGA